GCCAGCGUCGGACGGCGCGGGAAGGGGGCGGGUGAGGGCCCGGGUGAGCGGGGGGCGUGCUGGGCUUGGGGAGACGGGGCUGUUUGGGGGUAGGGGGGCUCGGAGGUGAGUGGGGCCCGGUUACGGGGUGGCUGAGGUGAACGGGGCCCUGGUGCGGGGCGGCUGGGAGGAGUGAGGCCCUGCGAUGGGGGGCUGCGGUGUGGGGGCCCCGUUGUUACUCGGUUCCACAGCGCUUCCCUGCGGGUUCCCUGGGUCCGCCGGGAGCGGGGCUGAGUGCAGGGCUGCGUGCCGCCCUCUUCUCUCUGCAGCUGGAGAAGCUCGACGGGGCUGUCUGACCAAAACUCCUCAUCUUGUCUUGAAGGAAGUGCUCCCUGCUGCUCGCUGCCCUUCGUGUUGGAGCUCGUGGGUCCCAUCAGUGUUUGCUUGCAGAACAGCAGGUGCAAGGUCAUUGCUAGCUUCUCUUGGUUCUAACUAACUUGAAGCUUUGGAGGAGCAAGCUGAUAAAAUGCCUUCAAGGAUUGUGCAAGCUGUGGUUGUGUAACAGGGCUGUGUGCAUGCAUACUUGAGCUGCUAGCUUCAAAGGAAGUCUUCUGAAUGAGAAAAGUGUUAGAGACUCUUGCCAUCUAAACUCUUCUUGGUGGAAGAGAUCAAAGCCUGCUGCUACCAGCCCUGUGGUUCUCCACUCCUUCUGCUCUGCUGUCCUUGAAUAAGAGCUGUUGGCCAGAAAAAUCCCACUGUAACAGUGCAAGCUCAAAUAUGCAGUGUUUCAAGCUCCAGAUUGACUGAUGCACAUUCUGCAUCUGUCUCAUGCCAAAAAUAGGAAUUCUACUGAUGUCUGAGCUGCUGCACAGGGCUUUUGCUGGGAGCCUGACACGGAGAAAGACAGUCUGAAAGAGCUGGGAGGUCUUUGAGUGUGUGUCGCAGUUUGUUGUGAUGCUGACUUGGAGAGAUUUCCAGUGAUAAGAAACAGAAAAGCAGUCUGUAUCUCUGACCAUCAUGGGGGAUGCUGGCAUGGAAUCGACAGUCUCCCCUCCUGAAGGCACUGCACAAGACUCUUUCUUGAGCAUGACUGAUGUGUUUCUCAUCUCACUCAUCACUGGGCUUUUUACUUAUUGGUUCUUCUUCCGCAAGAAAAAGGAGGAAAUCCCUGAUCUCCCCAAAAUCCAAACAGUAUCGUCUCCAGCAAGAGAUAGCAGCUUCAUUGAGAAGAUGAAGAAGACGGGCCGAAACAUAGUGGUUUUUUAUGGUUCCCAGACGGGCACAGCAGAGGAAUUUGCCAAUCGCCUCUCCAAAGAUGCUCACCGCUAUGGUCUCCGUGGCAUGGCAGCAGAUCCUGAGGAGUAUGACUUGUCGGACCUGAGUCGCCUCUCUGAGAUUGACAAGUCCUUAGCCGUGUUCUGUAUGGCCACGUAUGGUGAGGGUGAUCCUACAGACAAUGCCCAGGACUUCUAUGACUGGCUGCAGGAGGCUGACACUGACCUGUCAGGUCUCCGCUUUGCAGUCUUUGGGCUGGGGAACAAGACUUAUGAGCACUUCAAUGCCAUGGGAAAAUAUGUGGACAAGAGACUGGAGGAGCUUGGAGCCCAGCGCAUCUUUGAGCUUGGGCUGGGAGAUGAUGAUGGCAACCUGGAAGAAGACUUCAUCACCUGGAGGGAGCAGUUCUGGCCAGCAGUGUGUGAGCACUUUGGGGUGGAGGCUACAGGAGAGGAAUCCAGCAUCCGCCAAUACGAGCUGGUGGUGCACACAGAUGUGAACAUGAACAAGGUGUACACUGGGGAGAUGGGCCGGCUCAAGAGCUACGAGAACCAGAAGCCGCCAUUUGAUGCCAAGAACCCCUUCCUGGCUGUGGUUACAGAGAACCGUAAGCUGAACGAGGGUGGGGAACGACACCUGAUGCACCUGGAGCUGGAUAUCUCCAAUUCCAAAAUCAGGUAUGAGUCUGGGGACCAUGUGGCUGUGUAUCCGGCCAACGACGCAUCUCUGGUGAAUCAGUUGGGUGAGAUUCUGGGCACGGAUCUGGAUACAGUCAUGUCACUGAACAAUUUGGAUGAGGAAUCCAACAAGAAACACCCCUUCCCCUGCCCCACCUCCUACCGCACAGCCCUGACCUACUACCUGGACAUCACCAACCCGCCCCGCACCAACGUGCUCUACGAGCUGGCCCAGUAUGCCACGGACACUGGCGAGCAGGAGCAGCUCCGAAAGAUGGCAUCGUCCAGUGCUGAGGGGAAGGCUCUCUACCUCAGCUGGGUGGUGGAGGCCCGGAGGAACAUCCUGGCCAUCCUGCAGGACAUGCCCUCGCUGCGUCCCCCCAUCGACCACUUGUGUGAGCUCCUGCCCCGUCUGCAGGCCCGCUACUACUCCAUCGCCUCCUCCUCCAAGGUUCACCCCAACUCCAUCCACAUCUGCGCUGUGACGGUGGAGUACGAGACCAAGACGGGACGGCUGAACAAAGGGGUGGCCACCAACUGGCUGAAGGACAAAGUGCCCAACGAGAACGGGAGGAACUCCCUGGUGCCCAUGUAUGUCCGGAAGUCGCAGUUCCGCCUGCCCUUCAAACCCAGCACGCCCGUCAUCAUGAUUGGACCAGGCACUGGCAUAGCCCCCUUCAUCGGCUUCAUACAGGAGCGAGCCUGGCUGAAGGAGCAGGGCAAAGAGGUGGGUGAGACGGUGCUGUACUACGGCUGCCGCCGUGAGCGGGAGGACUACCUGUACCGCCAGGAGCUGGCCCGUUUCAAGCAGGAGGGCGUCCUCACCCAGCUCAACGUCGCCUUCUCCAGGGACCAGGCUGAGAAGGUUUAUGUCCAACACUUACUAAAGAAGAACAAGGAACACGUCUGGAAGCUGGUGAAUGAUGGAAAUGCUCAUAUCUAUGUGUGUGGGGAUGCCCGCAACAUGGCCCGGGACGUGCAGAACACUUUCUAUGAGAUCGUGUCUGAGUAUGGGAACAUGAAUCAGUCUCAGGCCGUGGACUAUGUAAAGAAACUGAUGACUAAGGGCCGGUACUCUUUGGAUGUGUGGAGCUAAGAGUGAGGAUGGUGGGGCCAGGGAGAGAAUGCAGGAGGUGCCCUCCCACCCGCUGCUCCUGUGGGUGACUGCGUCGUCCCCAGCCUUCAGCUACCCUGCUGUCACCCCAACCCCUCCUCCGCCCCCAGGGUGGGCUGUGCACCCCGGGUGGUGGAAGGGGACAGGGGGUGGCCGAGGCUUUGUCCCCAGCGUUUGUAAUGGGGAUGUGGGGCAGGAGGGAUGGAUGGCUCUGGGGGAGCUCUGGGGUCCUUUCUGAACGUGGGGUGUUGCCUUAUUUACUGGCACCUCGUUCUGGAGCUACAGACCACCCUUGUGCCUUGCAGGCUGGGGAUAGUGGAACCUGGCAGGUUUGGUGUGAGGGCACAGUGUGGGGCAGUGAUCUGCUCUCAUCCCUCUCCUACUGUUGGACCCUCUCUAGGGCUGACUCCUGUGCCCUGUGCUGUCACUAAAUGUCCACGGGCUGCUGCUUGAGGAAAAGGCAGAGCCUGCACCCGGCCAGGACCUGCAGGCACCCCCCUUUCCCCUGCAGCCCUCCUGUGCUCCAGCACUCAGCAGGGCUGGGGGCAGCUCCUCUCCCCUCCCCACAACCCGGUCUGGGGUCACAGCUGCAGGGUCCUGCUGGCUCCUUUGGGCCCUGCAACCAGCAGCUCCCCUGUUCCCAGCCCCUCUGCCACGCUGUGUACGCUCUUUUUUAAAGAAUACUGUUUUUGUUUCAAUAUCUUUGUGAUUUUAAUCAUGGAAGAAAAAAAAAACCAACAACCUUUCAGGCUGUCAAAUGGCUGUAAAUUAUUUAAAUAUACUUGCCCUUGGAAUAAAAACACUGUUUCUGUA